AUGGAAGUUCAACCAGAGUUCCUCAUGGCGACUGAGGGGGAGAACCAGAAUGCUACCAAGACUGAGAACAUCGUGACAAGGGUCACCAACCUACCCUUGGUCAGCUCCGCGUACGAAGUCUGUUCCUCGGUGUACCAGUAUGCCAAGUCGACCUACCCCUGCGUCAACACCGCCUUCAACAUUGUGGAAAUGCCUGGGAACUGUGGGGAAAUCUGGGCAAGAGCUGGGCAGAAGAUUCUGGAGGAGGAAACUAUCAUCCAUUCAGAAGAUCAGCCUUGGAACUUCACAAGCUACCAGGAGGCUGAGGGUCCCCGGGGGCUUUGCAAUCGACUCCAUGACGUUUGCAGGCGAUGGCUGAGACCAGAAAAGCACACCAAAGCCCAGAUGCUGGACCUGGUGGUUCUGGAGCAGCUCUUGGCUCUUCUGCCCCCAGAGAUGGAGAGCUGGGUGCGGGAGGGUGGAGCAGAGACCAGCUCCCAGGCGGUGGCCCUGGCAGAAGGCUUCCUCCUGAGCCAGGGGGAGGAGAAGAAAGAGCAGGUUGAAUUGCAGGUGGAACAUUUGAAAGAGAGCGCCGGGACUCAAUUCCAGGAAGCACAAGAGAAACUGAACCAAAUUUUGCUCAAAUGGACCCAAACUCAGUCAGAAGAGGAUCGGGAAAGAAGAGAGACAGAAAACUCCCCACAACAGGUCUUCGAAGAUGGUGUCACCUUGACCAAGACGGUGGUGUCGUCCACCGUCAAUGCCGCUGGUGAAGCCAAGGGCCGCAUGACCCAGAGAGUGACCAAAGCCGUUGACCUUACCAAGAACAUUGUCCAGGACAGCAUCACCUUGACCAAAUCCGUGGUGAGCUCCACCGUCAACACGGCCCGGAACGCCGCCAAUGAAGCCAAGGGUCUCGUGACUCACCGAGCAGCUGACGUGGUCAACCUGGGCAAGGAGACCGUCAACGAUGGCGUUGACCUUACUCGGUCGGUGGUGUCCAAAACGGUCAAGGCCGCCCGUCAAGUGCAGCGCUCUGGGGCUCUCCAGGAAGGCGUGGAGAUGGCCACUUUGUUCAGGCAAGCCGUGGCCAGUGGAGUGGACACCAUGUUGGAGAGGACGGAAGAGAUGGUGGAUUAUUACCUUCCCAUGUCGGAGGAAGAACUUGGUGAGAGCAGAAAAUCCCCCCCCCCACGUUUCUCAAGUUGUAAGUCAACUUAUGGCACUCAAUCAGUCGAGUCGGCGACUUUGGCCAUGUUAAGAUCCCUCAUCCAAGAUCUCAGCCCUGCUUACACCUGGCUGAUGUCCACCGUUGAAGUGCUGCCCAGGAACCUCCAGGAAAGAGUGGACCAAACUCAGAAUAACUUCCACCACCUCUACCGCUCCUUCUCUUCCGUCGAGUCCUUCCAGGACCUGCCCUCUGGCUUCCUCACCCAGAGCCAGGAGAUGAUCUCCCAAGCCCGGGACGUUCUCCAUAAGUUAGCGGAACACCUCGUCCAGAUCACCCCUCUGAACUGGAUCGUGGGGCCCUUCCGACCCAAGGAAGGAGGGUCGGGAACCUCCCGGGAGGAGAGCGGGACAGGGCAGCCGAAGGAGAUGGGCAAAGAGGUCAGGGCACCCCCGUCGGAGAAGGUUGUAGCCAAGAAGAUGAAAAGAAUGGAGAACACAACCGAGGUGGACCCAAGAGAAUCCACGGAGGCAAUGGGGGCCUUGAAGGAGCUGCUAGCGGGCUCCCAGGGGGCCCCCCAAGAGAAGAACUAG